CGCGUAUUCUCGUCUCCCCACCCGCGCUGUAGAGGGCACGGGCUCACAUGUACUCCGCCGCCAUCCGCUGCAUGCACUCUCUCCGCCUCUCCUCGCGAUAUCUCCCCAUAUCUCCCCAUAUCUCCCCAUAUCUCUCCGCCUCUCCUCGCGCUCACGCGGUGCUCUGACUACGCCGCACCACCACACCGUCCCUUCCCGCCCGGCCCUCGGCGUGGUCGGCACUUUCUAGACACUUCCUAGACACUUCCUAGACACUUCCUAGACACUUUCUAGACACUUCCUAGACACUUCCUAGACACUUCCCUGACCUCGGCGUGUGCAGCACGCAGGCUGCCCAGAUCUCCCCACAUCUCCCCAUAUCUCCCCAGAUCUCCCCAUAUCUCCCCAUAUCUCGCCAUAUCUCGCCAUAUCUCGCCAUAUCUCCCCACAUCUCCCGCCCCGACCUCGGCGUGGUCAGCUCGCAGGAGGAUGUCGCGCGGGCUGCUCAUGGCCGUCACCAAGUGGGGCUCCGCACCCAACGCGCCGCACGUGCUGCUCGCGACGACGCACCUCGAGUCGUGGGUCGGCCCGGAGGCCAACGGCGAGGUGCUCGCCAACCGGAGGCGGCAGCUCGCCGAGGCGGGGGAGAAGGUGGCGAGGCGCGCUGCCGAGGCGCAGUGCUGCCUUGCGGUGUUGGCCGGCGACAUGAACUGGAACGACGCGGACGGCGGGGACCCUCUCGAGGUGCUCCGUGCGACUGCGGGGGGCGGCGGCUGGAGGGAUGCGUGGCAGGCGGUCGGCUCGCCACAGGAGAGCAGGGCGACGAUGGGCUGGAACUUCCGGCUCGACCGCUGCUUCUACCUCUGCCCGCCGCCGAGGACCGGCAGCAGCGUGCCGCAGGUGCAGCCCACCGCUGUGUCGCUCGUCGGCAAGUCGCAGCCGCCGUCGCUGCACGGGCGCACGGUCGAGACGCGGGGCGGCAAGCGGCAGAAGCUGCUGCCGUCCGACCACCGCGGGCUGCUGGUCAGCUUUGCGCCACGCCGCGCGGGUGCGGGCUGGGCGGCCGAGCUGGACUGAGGCGCGGGAGUGGAGGCUGGAGGGGGGCGGAGGGGAGCGGGGGGGGGGGGGGGGGCUUCUUUUGGAUGGGGUUGCACGGCCGUUUGCUUCUCCAGCACCGGGCAGGGGGAGACAGAGGUGCUGCAGAAGACGGGGCCCAUACAGUGAGGCACCGUUAGCUUGUGGCGUCGCGGGGGCACCUCAGUCUUUUCCACGGGUUGACUACGUUAACCGCUCAUAGUACACUUUACACUGGUAGCCCCG